GCCAGGGAUCGAACCUGCAUCUCAGAGACAACGUCUGGUCCUUAACCCUCUGAGCCACAAUGGGAACUCCUAAACUCCAAGGCCUCAUAGACCAGAUGCCUCUGACCCUUCUGCAGAUAAAUCUCCCACCCCCGCUCACCCGGCAAAGCCCUCUCACUUCCUCUUUCCUAUGUUGUGAGGGCUUUCAUGCCCUGUGACCAGCCCUGCCAUGAAAGGACUCUGCUUUUGCUGAAUAAUUAAAAGCAGGAAAUACUCUCUCCAUAAAAGGAAGCGAAUGAUUAAGAAAUUCAAAGGUAAUCUGGACAAGCAGAGGGUGCAAGCCUGUGCCCGGGCAGAACUUCCAGAGUCCACUGGGAGCCGAGUGUGCUUUGCAGGCGUAGGUUGGAGGGACUAUGUGGCUGCCCCCGGCUCUGCUCCUUCUCAGCCUCCCAGGCUCUUUCUCCAUCCAAGGCCCAGAGACCGUGAAAGGCCCCGAGUGGGGGUCGGUGACCGUGCAGUGUCAGUACGACCCGGGAUGGGAGACCUACAGGAAGUGGUGGUGCCGCGGGACCAGGUGGAACACCUGCAGGAUCCUCAUUCAGACCCAAGGAACAGAAGAAGAGGUGCUGGGGGACCGUGUGGCCAUCAGGGACGACCAGCGACACCGCUUGCUCUCAGUGACCAUGUGGCAGCUCCGUCGAAACGACAUGGACAUUUACUGGUGCGGGAUACAGAGGACCGGGGUGGACCUGGGCUUCCGAGUUCAAGUGAUCAUUGACCCAGAGGGGACGAUUCAGACCGAGUCAGGAAGCUGGUUCUCCAGGAAUAUGGAUAACAGCCGUACAAACGAGUCCUCCAAACCCUACAUCAGGACCCACUACGUGCUCCUGGUGUUUGUGAAGGUGCCCAUCUUGCUGGUCUUGGUCGGCAUCGUGCUCUGGUUGAAGGACCCUCAGAGGGACCCCGAGGAGCCAAGGGGACAGCCCAUCUCUGCAAACUUAUCCUCUGACCCUCUGACCAAAGUCACAGCCCUUUAGACUGGCAGGUGAGCAGAGCCUUCCAACCCUGGACCCCACCUCCAGAAGAGGCACGGCCUUGGAAGAAACACCUCUGAGUGGUCAGGAUGCAGUGACUGAGGCUGGGGACCCUGGGGGCUGCCCGCCCUGCCCUGCACACCUCUCAGGGACAUUGCUCUGGCCCCUCCUGCUGUGUCGUCCCUUGUUCCCGCUUUCCGGGGAGCAAGUGCCCCGCCUUCCACCUCACGGGGUCAGGGCUCAUGUUGGGAGCUGCUGGGACGGAGCCCAAGUUCAGACGGUCCUGUCCCCACUGCCGGAAGAAUUCAGGUGCAGCGCCGGGGACCACGGCACAGAGAGAAGCCACAGGGACUCGAGAGAAGGAGAGGGGCGGGGCCUGCCCUGUCCCCGGCUCCCUGCAUCCCUGCGUCCAGCUCUGCACGCUCUCUGUCCGAGCGCCUGAUACAUGGGCUUUUCAAUCUUUUUUCCUGAAGCUAAUCAAGUUGGGGUUUGAUGGCUUGAGCCCGUGAGAAUUCUGACCCAUACACGCACACAUGUGCACACACAUGCUCGUGUGCACAUACACUCACACACACACAGACGCAAACCCUGAAGAGGGUGAUUCUGUGGCAUGUCCUGGUUCUGGGCAUGAAAGUUUGGACUCACCCUCUUCCCAGAGAGGACACUGUCCUGCCUACACAGGGCUGAAGAGGGGGCCCAGUGCUGGUCUUCCUCCCCCCGUCCCCCUCCUGCUCCCUCCUCCUCCUCCUCCCCCUCCCCUCCCCCUCCUCAUUCUUCAUCCUCCC